UCUCGUGGGUGAGCGAGCGAGCGAGCGGACGAGCGUUUCGUGCUUUGCGGGGGCUCCGAGGUCGAACAGCUGAGUUCCGAACGGCGAGCGAGUCGUUGCGGCUGUCGAGAUGGACGACGAUGGAGGCGCUCUGGCGCGGGAGGAGACGGCGGCCAUCGGGGAGGAGGGAGGGCCGGAACAAUGCGAGGGCGUCAGCGCGUGCGAGAAGUCUCGAGCCGCGGGCGAAUGCGGCGACGAGGAUCCCUCCGAGCGAGCCCCCGAAGCCUUGGCUCUCGCCGAGCCCGCUAAGGCUGACGAGGCCGACGCGGGCCGAGAAAAUGCGGAGGCGCCGACGGGCGCAAACGCGGAUGGCGUCCCCGAGCCGGUGGGCGAGGAUGCUCGGGUCGAUGCGAGUGCUGACGAACCGCGCGCCGCCGUUGGGAACGGUUCUGGCGAUGUGGAGCCUUCGAAUCAGGUUGAAAAUGCCGAAGACAACCGGAUUGAGAAAGAAUCCAAGGGUAGUGCGACGGAGAAUGAUAAGCAGAUUGUUCUGAAGGAAGAGAUUGAUCCAUUGAAAAGCUCGGAGCCACGGUUUUCCUGGGAAACACAAUAUGAUUAUGGCGAUGAAUCAGGGACAGAGGAGGAGCAAUAUUCUUUCAGGAAGGAGGUCGAAACUUUUUACAAGGGGAGGAAUUUGGAGUUCAAAGCUCCGAAGUUCUACAAAGAAGAACUGAACUUGCUCAAACUAUACAGAGCUGUGGUUAAACUUGGCGGCUAUGAGCAGGUUACAUCAUGCAAACUGUGGAGGCAAGUGGGAGCACCAUUUAGACCUCCAAAGACUUGUACUACUGUUUCUUGGACAUUCCGGAACUUCUAUGAGAAGGCACUACUUGAGUAUGAAAAGUACAGAAUGCAGUGUGGUGAACUUCCUUAUUUUGAAUAUGAUAAUUCAAUUCCCAAGUCUGAAAAUCAGGUUGGUGGUAGUCACAUUAGCCAAGCAUCAACCUCAGGUAGGGCCCUAAGGGAUGCUGCUGCUCGUGCUAUGCAGGGUUGGCACUCUCAGAGUUCUGGUAAUGCCGAGGAUGGGAAAUAUAGCUUUUCGCAGAAAAGUGACAAGCAGAUAAAGAGUGGUUUGUUAAAGCGCAAAAAAACACCUGCACCUGGGAACACCGUCCCUCCGGCUCGCACUAAAGCAUCGAAGCCACAAUUAAACUCAAUAGUAAUUGAUGUUGGGCCACCUGCUGACUGGGUAAAGAUUAACGUGUAUAAAAUUAAUGAAUGCUUUGAGGUUUAUGCUUUAGUUCCUGGGCUUCUCCGUGAGGAGGUACAUGUGCAGUCUGAUCCUGCAGGACGUCUGAUUAUAUCUGGUCAACCACAGCAACUGGAUAAUCCCUGGGGUGUCACGCCCUUUAAAAAGGUUGUCAGCUUACCAUCGAGAAUUGAUCCACACCAGACAUCUGCUGUGGUCACCCUGAAUGGCCAAUUAUUUGUGCGUGUUCCAUGUGAGCAGAAGGAUCUGUAAUGCUAGGGCAAUUCCAUAUUUCGCGAGGCAUCUGCAUGUCAUGCUCUGUUCAUAUCUAUGAGGUGAAAGAUUUGCUUCUGACCUUGCUGUGGCCCUGCUUCGCCGAAUUUCUCAACUCAAAAGUCUCGCAAAUAAGUUUUUUUGCGCACUAAAUGCCUAAAUGAAGCUUUGACCUACACCAGUGGAUAGCUUAAUCUUUUUGGAAUAAUUUUUUUAUAUUUAUUUGACUAAUAAUUGUCUUUAUUCUUAGUGUAUUAUGAUCAUGGUAUUAUGUAGUUUUGUUGUCGAGAUUCAAGAGGAGCUAUGAUUAAACAUGUCUGUCGCAUACUGGGAAAAGGGAACACUUAUUCAGUAUUC